AUGUUUCUUGUAAUCGUCNUCUUUCGUCAAUUAGUCUACCAGUCAGAUUCUGUAUCAGCAGAUGUUUUAUCGGAAAUAUUUCCAAAAAAUACACAAUACAUUCAUCGGCCAUUAUAUGCAUUAAUAGAAAUUGCUAAAUCAAAAGUUGAUUCCAAUCUUGAAGAACUUCAACCAAAACUUAUCCCAAUACCAGUAAUGGAACAAACAUGUCGGGUAGACAUUUCUGAUAUUCUUCCAAAAGACAAGAAACCAAAAUCAAAUCGAAAAGCAAUUCUAUCGAUUAAACGUCGAGCAUUACCAUUGGUGCCAGCUUAUUGCAUUACAACACACAAGAGUCAAGGUCAAACAUUGAAUAAAGUUGUGAUCGAUCUUAAAUUACCAAAUGAAACUGAAGAUAUUGCCGCAGUUUAUGUACCAUUAUCUCGUGUAAAACGUUUGGCCGAUCUAAUCAUCUUACGGCAAUUUGAUUACAAGGUGUUACUAAUUAAACCAAGCAAAUCUCAAGUCACCGAAAUGGAAAGACUGGAUCAACUGUAUUUAGAAACUCAAAAACGUUUUUCUCAUUGGUUUCAAUGA